AUGAUAGAAUCGAAGGUCCCGGUUGCAGUAGUAUCGCGUGCUAUUCGACGUUUCCAUAUUAGCCAGGCACUGCGGCCUGGCGAAGCAGUAGCUUCUCCAGAUUCAUCAGAAACACAAAGCAACAUGGUUUCUGUAUUCCAAUUGCCGAAAUUGACCGCAGACAGCAAACUCACACUUGAAGCCGUUGGAGAGCCGCCAUCUGCCGCCUCCGUCUCUCUUCCUCCGUCGCUAGCCGUCAACAUCCGGCGUGGUUCUCUUUUGGCUGUGCAAGGGAAGUCUGAUAACGUCAGUAUCACGCAGACACGGUUCGAGCCCUUGAAGAGAAUGUUGUAUGGUAAUCUAGCAUCCAGAUUUACGCAAAUUGUGAGCACCGAGCCUGUGCAAUUGUUGGUUUCCGCAAGGGCCGACACUAUAUUACCAAGAAUAUUCACCAACAAAACCAUAAAAGCAAUUGCGCCCAUAGAAUUGGACGGCAAAUCCGAUUGGGCUUUGUUCAGACGCGACUCCUUGCAUGUUUAUAGUGGGCCAUCCCUCUUAAUCGACACAUUGAAGAUUCCACAGAAGAUUUCACGGCAAUUAGCCAGAGAUUUGGGCUCCAAAGUAAGAACAGAAACUGGCCUUUUCUCGUGGUUGCGUGCAGGGUACACAUUUGUGGGCGGAAGAGGUGUUAUUGGCGUAGUGGGUAACGGGCUGGUCUAUACGGUCAACGUCAAUGCGGGAGAAGACUUUGCAGUAAACAAGAGUUGCUUGUUGGGAGUUUCCAUAAAUGGUCCUAAAGAUUUGCAGAACAGUAUCGUAAAACUCGAGCAGAAGACACAAGCCAUUCCAGCAGUCAUCAUGCCUCCUCCUAAGGUAGCGCAGAUCCGCACAUGGACGGAUUUUGUGAUAAACGCCAAACACUACGCAUGGAUCGCUGCAAAAGGCAUCAAAGACGCCUACUUUUUUGUACGCCGUCAAACCAGAGAAACACCUGGCUUUGUGCGCAUCAUUGGUCCACGCACUGUCUUGAUUCAGGCAGGCGAACCUCAUGACAGAUUUGAGCGUUCAUUUGAGCUCCCCAGCUUGGAGUCUUUUGGCACGCCAAUUGCAUCUGAGGAGAAGCCUAUCCCUAGAAUUCCAGCUGAUUACCUCAACACUGUCACUGUUGGUCCAAAGGGGGUGACCAUUGAAAGUACAGACAGUUUUGUGAAGAAGUGA